CAUUGUCAGACGAAGAGGAAACAACCGCUCAACAAGAGUGAAAACAACUGCUUGACGCAUUAUGUCGUGGAGUGAUGAUGAUCUGUAACGGACUUUGGAUACUGUCGUUCAGAAGUUCCACGUCGGUGUACAAGGUGGUUGUUUUGAAUGCAGAUACCGAGUGGUCGUUAAGUGUAACUACCCCCUGUUGUUAGCUAAAUCUGCAUUAUUCUGUUUCCUUAGAAGGAAUGCAACGGCCGCCGAGUUGCAAUUCUCUUUAGAGCUCCGUCGAUUAAUGAAAUCCGUCGUUACACAGGCACAGUGUUGUGUAUUUUAAACUAACUUUUAUUCUAAGUCAUGCCGAACGACUUUGUAAAUAUGUUUAUACGGAUGUGUAAUUAUCUUCAAGACCCCUGCCUUGUAGCGAGGUUUCAAAAUUUCUGCGGUGUUAAAGGGACAUUCCCAGAUAAAGUCAACAGGCCAGACAGUCAGUCAGAGCCGGACCUUCCCGGGUUGAGGAGGAGGGUCCAACAGGGGGGACAAAGCUCAGAUGUCAUUGUUGGGAAUGGAGCAGCCGGGGGUGCCUCUGUACCGCAGGUUAACGGGAUGCCGGGUGACAUUGCUACCAGGCCUGACUGUGCACCAGCAGCAUCUGAUGACGACUCAGACACCGCCAUAGCUAAACCGCUCCGGAAAAACUCCCUGACCGGAGAUGUGGGUCAAGAGUUCCUGAUCCACAACAACUUUCUGUUCUACCUGUUCACCUUUGGGACUGAACUGGGCAACGAGAUGUUCUUCAUCAUCUUCUUCCCCUUCCUGUUCUGGAAUAUCGACGCCCUGGUCAGCCGGAGACUCAUCGUGGUUUGGGCCUGGAACCUGUUCGUAGGACAGUCCACCAAAGACGUGAUCCGAUGGUCCCGACCCGCCUCCCCUCCUGUGGUGAAGGUGGAGGUCUUCUACAACUCCGAGUACAGCAUGCCGUCCACACACGCUAUGACAGGGACAGCCAUACCUUUCUGUCUCUUCAUGCUGACCUAUGGACGGUGGCAGUACUCUUUUCUCUUUGGCUUUUCUGUGGCUCUCAGCUGGAGUGCCCUGGUCUGUGUAAGCAGAGUCUACAUGGGGAUGCAUUCUGUUCUGGAGGUAAUCACUGGCUUCCUGUACAGCCUUCUGGUUCUAGCCUUUUUCCAGCCAAUUUUGGACAAGAUUGACACCUUCUACAUGAUGGGCCACUAUGCUCCACUUGUGAUUAUCAUCUCACAUGUGAGCCUGGGACUUGUGGCAUUCUCCCUGGAUUCCUGGAGCACCUCUCGGGGCGAUACUGCUCAGGCCCUGGGCACUGGGGCAGGAGCUGCUUUGGCUACCCAUGUGAACUAUCAGCUGGGGCUGCUGCAGGAUCCACCGCUCUCCUCACUUCCUCUAACUUUACCAUCAGUCAGCACUAGCUUGGUGAGUCGUUCCCUGCUUCGCUUCCUUAUCGGAGUCUCUGUCCUCCUCAUCACGAGAAUGAUUAUGAAAGCUAUGACUAUUCCCUUCUUGUGUCGACUGUUCAGCCUGCGCUUGGAUGAUGUAAGACAGGCAAGGCAGCACAUGAAAGUAGAAUUGCCAUACCGUUACCUUGUCUACAGUGUUGUAGGUUUCAGUUGUCUAUGUGUUGUGCCACUCCUCUUUAAGACCUUUAACCUUGCCUGAAUAUGCAUGUACUGCUGACACGUUCAACUACUUGGUGAGGGCAAACAGUGCUAACAGUCAUUACAUGCUUUGACACAAGAUAGGCUAAAGCCAACAAUGAACUGAUACCACUCAGUACCGUCUACGUAGCCAAACCCUGAUUUAGCUUAUUCCAUUGUGCCACAGAGCUCAGUUGUCCACAAGCUACUAAAAUCACAUCCCAACUGCCCUGGCUCACAUCUCUUCAUUAGGGUGAAAACAACCAUUGUGGUUUAUUUUGACUCAGUCCUUCAUAUGCUGUUGUGCUGCUGUAAAAACAUGAGGAUUAACCCACGCCUGUAAAUAGUCUCCAACAAAUGCACUAUUUACUCCAGUUUGAUUAUUGUUGGCUUAAAAGCUACAAUGUCCAGCUGUUUUAGGAACUUCCUUAAAAAGGAGAAUAUCUAUUUUUGAACCAUUUUUCAGGAUUUUCAUCUUCACGGGGAAGUCAGGAAGUAGCAAGAAGACUGAUAACACUGUUUUUAUAGGAUUAGUUGAUAGUAUGAAAAGUAUAAAAUAUCACUUGUUAUGUGGUCAGCACAUUUAAGUGUUAACUGAAACUUUGGAAAUACAAAAUCAAUCAAAUGUACUGUAAAGAUGCUUGUAUUUUCAUUAAUAAUGAAUCUAUUGUAUAUUUACCUCAUUUGAUCAAAAUAUAUAUGGGUACUAUAUGUUAAUAUGUUAAUAGAGAAUUUCAUAUUAUAGGUAUAAACCAAACCAUAAAGUGUGAAGCCACUUCUCAUCUGUUGUCAACACCAAUUUUCUACAUGAUGAUAGGCAGCAUUAUUGUCACUUUCUUUUUGUACUUUUGCCUCCAAAUGUGUUUGUAACUUUGACCCAAAUUUAAAUCAGGUGUUGUCUGAAAUACUCCUUAGAAAGUAUAGAAUUGAAAAACGUGAAUAUUUUUGAUAAAUUAUUUUUAUCAUCUUAACUAUCUUAAGCUGAAUUGUUGCUCUAGAAAAAACAUUCAGAAUACAUUAAUACUAUGAAUGCCUUAGACAUUUCAAUUGCUGUUAUACUACAGUAUAGAACCAAACUGACCCUAGAACCUGUCUUAAGUGAUGUGGUUGCUUGUUUUUUCUUGUUGUAAUGUUCUAUUCAUGGUUUGAUAUUCAUGUCACAGUGUUAAUGCCAGAGUAUCAUGUAUCAUGAGUUAUUUAUUAGUCUUAUAUUACCAUCAGCUCUCUCAUAUUUUUUCAGUUAUGCAAGGGCUGUAUCUGAAUGCAUUUGAAAACAAUAGAAAAUAAAAUAUUCCU